UUUCGUGCUUUCCGUAAAAAUUUUCGGCGUUCACUACUCUUUGUUCUCACUUUAUCAUUUUUUCUUUCGAUCGCGCGGCAAGUCCGACCGGCAGACAGGUGGAUUGCGACAUUCCGUCGAAAUACGCUAUCUCAUGUGUGGUGUGUGUUUGUAUACUGUAAAGAGCGAUAACAAUGACAGCUGUUGCAACUCGUCUCCUUGUCCGGAACUCGCAUCGAAUCCACAGUCUAUUGAAAAUUCGACGACAGAGACUAAAGAAGCUACAAUGGAAUGUGAAAACAAUGUCAACAGCUCACAGGAUACUACCUUGCAAGAACCAUCCACAGAGAAUAUAGACUUUACAGUGAUUUACAACAAACAGAAGAUUAGUGUAAAUUUUGCUUUAGAUAGCACAGUUGCCGAAUUAAAGACAUAUUUGCAAAAAAUUAUCUCAGUACCACAAGCGAUGCAGAAAGUUAUGUUUAAAGGAUUAGCCAAAGACGAUCAGACUCUAAGAAACUUGGGAGUCACAAAAGGUGCCAAAGUUAUGAUAGUUGGAUCGAAGUUAGAUGAUGUAUUGGCUGUGUCGAUUCCAACAAAACAAGACCUCAUUGGCGAGACUAUUUCUUCGGUGAGCAAAGAACCUCUUUCGCAACAAAAAAUCCAUAGGAAAGUUUUAGAUAAAGGUAUUCCAGAAGAUGUGAUGCCAGGGAUAUUAGAUAGCAAGGAACCUUUACCUGAAUUUCCAUUAGCUGGAAUGUUAAAUAAGUCUGGAGGAAAAGUCAGGCUAACAUUUAAAUUGGAACAAGAUCAGCUUUGGAUCGGCACAAAAGAAAGAACAGACAAAAUACCUAUGAAUUCGAUAAAAGGCGUCCACAGUGAACCUAUUCACGAUCAUCCUGAAUAUCAUAUUAUGGCAAUACAAUUAGGCACUACAGAAGCAUCAAGGUAUUGGAUAUAUUGGGUCCCUGCGCAGUACAUAUCCGCUAUUAAGGACGCUAUUCUUGGCAAAUGGUGUUACUUCUGAUUGAUAAUCGCCAGAAAUCUCGAUUUCUGUAAAUCUUAAUUAAUCGGGUAUAAACAUUGAUACAAACACUGCUGUUGCAUUGACAUAAAAAUUGUCAGCUAGUCACACACAUUUCUAACAGUAAGUAAUAAUUUAUUUUGAGUUGCAUUAUCAUUGCAAAGAAUCCCCAAUAAACGUAGUC